AUGCUGUCAAAAGUGACCGCUCUGAAGUACGUAUCACUCGCCUGGACGUUUUUCUACCUUCUCGCCGUUCUUCUCGGCGCUCCCAUCUUCUCUGACAUCGUUUCUACCGCCGCUCUUGCCGUAGGAACCAUCUGUGCCACAAUUGUCGAUAAUUUUGUUUUGAUUUCAGACCGCUCUCACUUCCGUCUCUAUUGUUCCUGCCUUUUUCCUCUUUCCAAGCGAGGAACGGGCUCUCGAAGUGCUCGCUUUCUCGUCUGACAGCAACCCGAGUGCCUGGGAGUCCAUCUUCAUCUCCACUUCCGGAUUCGCUCUCCUUGCUUCCUGGGCCUGUGCGGCAGUUCAUCCGUUGGAUUGGGAUCGUUGGUGGCAGGUAACUUCAAGAUGAGCUGAACUCAGACCCUCUGAUCCUUCGGUCGUUCAGCGCUACCCACUUCCAUCCCUUUUCGGUUGCUUCGCAGGAGCUGUUCUUGGCUUCCUUCUCGGCGUUCUCCGCGUCUGGCUGAACAACAGAUCCGCUUCCAAAAAAACAAAACGUUUCUAAAAUGGCGAAACGUCAGAGAACGCUCGCUUCGUUCGGAGCAGGGCCGUUUGCGACGGGAGACUCGAGCGGCGGUCGUUUCGGGCAUUACACAUUCGACGACGCGCCGAAACUGCUCGGCAUCCUUUUCGCCGAAUUCGACAACCUCUCCGGCCCGGUCAUCAAGCACUUCGUCCCGCAAGGAAAUCAGAAUGUGGAGGCGACGUUUUGCUUCACGAAACACAUAGUUAUUCCGAAGGCCUCGAUGCUCUACAACUCCUUCUCGCUCACCAUCAAAUCACUCGACUGCAAAGUGCUCAUGUUUCCGUGUGGGCUCGACAAAGAAGAAUAUCACCGUGGGCGCUUCACUUUCGACAUGGUGUUCAUUGUGGACAUGACGUCGUCUGCCGAGACAAUGUACGAACCGAUUGUGCAAAAGUGUGCCGAGUAUUUGGUUGACUUGGAAUACGACUACGGAUUCUUGACGAACCCGACCUAUCGGACACAACUUCACGAAAUGAUGCAGAAAAUGUUUGAAGAUCUUUCGAAGAAAGGUAAAUUAUCUGACAGAUAUCAAACUAUGGGUUAUGAUAGUUAUUCAGGAGAAAGUGUGAUCGAAGUGCAUCUGGAGAACAAUCAGAUUGUCACUCUCUACUUCAAACUCUGCCCAUUGUACCGUGGAAUCGAACCGCCGGAGAUCGACUUCCACAUGGUUCCGAUGUUCAUAAGAGAGGUGGAGCUGACGGACAGACUCAUCGAGAAGAUGGACGUCCUCUCGCAGAAGAUCAUUCCUCAGAUCGAUGGAAUCAAGACCGUCAGAGAAAUCGCGAUCAUUCUGGAACUGGACCCCUCGCUCGUCGCCCGAUGCGUCAGAAACCUUCACUUCUACGAGUGCGUCAGUCUCGUCCCGAUGUUCCUCUACUGGAAUACGUACGUGGCCACCGAAAGAGUGCACGACUUCUACAAGAAUCAAAUGGAAAUCAGCGAUUGCCUCGAAUUCGUCAAAAUUCAAUCGGCGACGGCGGAGGAUGGAUCGGAGAUUCCGAUGCCGACGCCCGAGUUCUCCGACGUGUUCCGUCUUUAUUUGAGCAUGAAGGUGGGAGAAAAAGAGGAAAAGUUCAGAACGAAUUCUUGCAUUUUUCAGUGCGGAAAAAAUCUGGGAAAGUGGAUGAAAGAGGAAAAUCCCCGGGCGAUGGGAAUCGACGAACACCGUCUCGUCCAGUUCGGAAUGCACCAUCAGUUCCUCCGCAAACUCUCCAUCUACCCCAUCUGCAUCGUCAAUCCCGGCAGUAACUCGUUAGUUUUGAGUUCACCUAUUCUUUUCCUCAAUGUCAUGUUUCAGACUUCUGAAGGCGUGCAACGGCAAAACCUCACUCGACGAGCUUUCGCUGAUCCACAACGUCGCCCCUCAUGAGCUUCACGACCUUCUCUCCGAAAGCGAAAAGUUCGAAUUCGUUAUGAAAUAA